AUGUAUAUCAAGUACUUAUUCCUCUUCUUUCUCCAGGCGGCCGCCACCACCUAUGGGCUGGUGCAGGACUUCUGCAUUGCAGACCUCUCCCUGCCCUCGACCCCAGCCGGUUACCCUUGCAAGAAGGCGGCCUCCGUCACAGCCAGCGACUUCGCAUUCCACGGGCUUGCGGCCGCCGGCAACACCAGCAACAUCAUAGGGGCUGCCGUGACCCCGGGCUUUGACGGCCAGUUCCCGGGGGUGAACGGGCUCGGCAUCUCCAUCGCACGGCUCGACCUCGCGGUGGGAGGGGUCAUCCCACUCCACACCCACCCGGCCGGGUCGGAGAUCCUUGUGGUGAUCCAAGGGACUAUAUGUGCGGGCCUCAUCUCGUCCUUUGACAACAAGGUCUACCUGCAGACGCUCAACCGGGGGGACGUCAUGGUCUUCCCGCAGGGGCUGCUGCAUUUUCAGAUUAACUCUGGGAAGGGCCCGGCGCUUGGGUUUGUCUCCUUCGGGACUCAAAACCCGGGACUACAGAUCACCGACUUUGCCCUGUUCAAGAACGAUUUCCCGACGGAGCUGGUGGCCAAGACCACCUUCCUGGACGUGGCGCAGAUCAAGAAGCUCAAGGGAGUGUUGGGUGGGACCAACUGA